UAGCGUUCUUCCGUACGAAGACACGACUUUGAUAGCUCAGACGACGAGGAAGACAAUAUUGGCGAUGAAGAUCUUUCACCUUUCCAAGUUGACUGGAUUGAUCUUUCGUUCACUGGCUGCUGUGCAGAAAUAGUGGGUAUCAGUGGAUUGCCAGGUUGCAAGUAUCGUGAAACAAACAGAAAUUUAGCAGUCGAUAUGACCCAGUUAAAAGCUAUGGACAUCACAGAUGUGUUUGUGUUCUGCUCUAGUAGUGAGAUGGUCAGAUGCAGAGUUCCUUCUCUCAUAGAUGAGUACAGUUGGGCUGGUUUUGAAGUUCAUCAUUUCCCUGUUGAUGCAGGAGGUGUUCCAACACUGGAUGAAUGUAGCAGUAUGAUUAAGCAGUUACGGCAGUGUAUUAGUUUUGGACGUAAGACAAUUUUACACUGUGUGUCUGGAUUAGGAAUUUCUUGUUUAGUGGCAGCAAUUUUGUUGUUAAGUUUGGAUGAGACUCUGUCCCCGGAUCAUGUGAUAUUCAAGUUACGACAAAUCAGAGGUCAGAGAGCAUUUCAAACAAUCAAGGAAUACAACUUUGUCCUUGAGUUUCGGGACUUAUACAAGGCUCAUGUUGAAAAUCAGCAGAAUUCUGCAGAAGCUGCACCAAGAUCACUUUCAAGAUGAAAGGAAAUUAAAUAUUAAAAUAAAGUGUAAAUAAUAAUGUGUUGCAUAAUUAGGAAUUUUGAAAAAAAUAUUUUUCUCAAAGUUAUAAAUACAGUGUUGUCUUGUUAUCUUGUUUGAAUAAUUCAUUACAGAACAAUUUUUAUUGAGUGUCAAAGUAAUCCAGAAUUACUGUGGUUUGAUGAUUAAUUAUGCUCUCUGAUUGGUCAAAAACACUUGCACCCCAUCUCAAACAAUCAGAUGCAAAGCUAAAAGCAGCCACAUGUUAUUCACUUGUGUUCACAUGCACCUCAGGUAGUUUUUUUAAGCCUCAAUUCACUCAGGUAUUUCUUGCUUUGGAAGCCUUUGGUGUGUGUUUGCUUUGAGUUCUUGUUGUUUCCUUGUAAAGUUUCAGUUUUUGGUUUCAGCUUUGAGGGAAACUCAGUUG